AUUAACUGAGAAAUACUGAGUGCAAAAUUUUAUUUUUCAGUAUUAGUUCAAUUAGUGCACAAAGUGAUACAAUAGACAUAAUUUGUCAACCAUUUGAUAUAAAUGGUAGGAAAACAACUUUGAGAAAACAAAACCAAUACGAUGUCGGACAAGGUAAUCAACUGUCGGGCGGCUGUCCUAUGGAAAGAGGGAACUCCGUUAACGUUAGAGAAUAUAACAGUAGAUCCACCCAAAGGUAGUGAAGUACGGGUGCGGAUGGUAUCUGCGGGUAUCUGUGCCAGUGAUGCCCAUUACAUAUGGGGUCAACAGACAGACGCUGACCUAGACUUCGGCGGUAAGCCAGUGGUGUUGGGCCACGAGGGGGCCGGUGUGGUCGAGUCGGUCGGACCUGAUGUGACGAGUGUAGGUGUGGGCGAUCACGUGAUAAUGCUAUGGCUGCCUAACUGCGGGAACUGUCCGCUCUGUGCGCACCCGAAGACCAACUUUUGUAUGAGUGUUGACCCGUACUCCACGUUAUAUCACGAGAAAGGGGUGACGCGAAUGAAAAUCAAUGGCGAAGACUUGCUAUCAUUUACUGGCACAAGUACUUUCUCGGAGUAUACAGUGGUAAGGGAGGCUCAAAUUGCUAAGAUCAAUCCAAAGGCUGAUCUCAAGACAGCCUGUGUGAUAGGCUGUGCUGUUGGCACGGGAUAUGGAAGUGUUGUCAAUAUAGCCAAAGUACAUCCCGGUGCCAAAUGUGCCGUUUGGGGUUUGGGUGCUAUUGGGUUGUCAGCUGUAUUGGGCUGUAAACAGGCCGGCGCUGCGACCAUAAUAGGAGUCGACAUAAACCCCGAUAAAGAAAAUAUUGCCAAACAGUUCGGUUGCACCCGGUUUAUUAAUCCCAAAACUCUAGACGAACCCAUCGAAAGUAUACUACAAAAAGAAGGGGGACUGGAGUUUGCCUUCGAUUGUAUCGGUAAUCAACAGGUGAUCGACUCGGCCUACAAAUCAUUGUGCCCCUGGGGGUCACUCACUCUUAUCGGUAUGGGUCCGAAGGGUAAUACAGUGGACACAAAAGUGGGUGAUUUUCUAAAUGGUCGGACAGUUUCGGGUGGAUUUUUCGGUAAUUAUAAGCCCAGAAAAGCUAAUCAAGAAUUGGUUGAGAAGUACUUAAACGGUUCGCUACCUAUCGAUGGCUUAAUCACACAUCGGAUCCGUUUGGAUGACAUCAAUGAGGGCUUUGAUAAUCUAAAAGCUGGUAAAACUGUGCGAACGGUAAUCAAUUGUCGAGCGGCUGUCAUGUGGAAAGAGGGAACUCCACUCAAGAUCGAGAAUAUAACAGUAGACCCGCCAAAAGCCAAUGAAGUACGGGUACGAAUGGUGUCGACGGGUGUCUGUGCCAGUGAUGGGCACUUCAUAUUUGGUCACGAGACUGACCUCGUCUAUGAUUUCGAGGGCCAUCCGGUAGCCAUGGGUCACGAGGGGGCCGGCGUUGUGGAAAGUGUAGGGCCGGGUGUGACCAGUGUGUCGGUGGGCGACAAAGUGAUGCUACUAUGGAUGCCUGAGUGCGGUCGGUGUGCCCUCUGUACUAACCCGCAGACAAACUUCUGUUUGACGGCCAAUAAGUAUACGGUUUUAUAUCACGAUAACGUUAAUAAAGAGACCCGGAUGAAAAUCAAUGGCAAACCAUUGCUAUCAUAUGCUGGUGUGAGUACUUUCUCGGAGUAUGUGGUGGUCAAGGAGAUACAGUUGGCUAAACUCAACCCAAAGGCUGAUCUGAAGAAUGUUGGCGUAAUUGGUUGUGCUGUGGGUACUGGUUAUGGCAGUGCUGUGAACAUAGCCAGAGUACAUCCCGGCUCCAAAUGUGCCGUUUGGGGUAUGGGUGCCAUUGGGUUGUCCGCUAUAUUAGGCUGUAAACAGGCCGGCGCUGAGACCAUAAUAGGAGUCGAUAUAAACUCCGAUAAAGAGAGUAUUGCCAAACAGUUUGGUUGUACCCGGUUUAUUAAUCCUAAAAAUAUUGAUGAAUCACUCGAAACGCUAUUACAAAAUGAGGGCGGAAUUGAUUAUGCGUUUGACUGUAUCGGUAACCAACACGUACUCAACACUGCAUAUAAUUCAUUGAAACCCUGGGGAUCCCUAACUGUUAUCGGCUUGGGAUCAAAAGGUAGUAAAAUAGAUGUAAAAGUAGCGGAACUGGUGAAGGGUCGGUAUGUGUUGGGAGGCUUUUUCGGUAAUUAUAAGCCCAGAAAAGGUAAUCAAGAAUUGGUUGAGAAGUACUUAAACGGUUCGCUACCUAUCGAUGGCUUAAUCACACAUCGGAUCCGUUUGGAUGAUAUCAAUGAGGCCUUUGAAUGUCUAAAGGCCGGCAAAUCUAUACGAACUGUAAUCAACUGUAAGGCUGCCGUCCUCUGGAAAGAGGGAACACCACUAACCGUAGAGAAUAUUACUGUCGACCCACCACAAGAGGGUGAGGUAAGGGUGCGUAUGGUAUCGGCCGGUCUAUGUGCCAGUGACGCCCACUUCAUAUGGGGCUGGGAGACAGACAUCAUACUAGACUUCGAGGGAAACCCAAUUGUACUGGGUCACGAAGGGGCUGGUGUGGUCGAGUCUGUAGGGCCGGGUGUGACUAGUGUUUCAGUAGGCGAUCACGUAAUCCUGUUGUGGACGCCUGACUGCGGUCGGUGUGCCCUCUGCUCUCAUCCGAAGACAAACCUGUGUCUCAGCGAUGACUUCGUUUCGGUUAUGUAUCACAAGAACAAAGAGACGCGACUGAAGAUCAAUGGAAAGCCAUUGCUUUCAUUCACCGGUACGGCCACCUUCUCCGAGUACAGUGUGGUCAGAGAGACACAGAUUGCUAAGGUCAAUCCAAAUGCCAACUUGAAGAGUGCGUGUGUGAUAGGCUGUGCUGUUGGCACGGGAUAUGGCAGUGCUGUGAACAUAGCCAAAGUACAUCCCGGCUCCAAAUGUGCCGUUUGGGGUUUGGGUGCCAUUGGGUUGUCAGCUCUAUUGGGUUGCAAACAGGCCGGCGCUGAGACCAUAAUAGGAGUCGAUAUAAACUCCGACAAAGAGAGUAUUGCCAAACAGUUUGGUUGUACCCGGUUUAUUAAUCCUAAAACUCUUGAUGAACCAAUUGAAGUUGUAUUACAAAAGGAGGGUGGAGUGGACUAUACCUUCGACUGUAUUGGUAAUCAACAGGUGCUCAACUCGGCCUACAAAUCAUUGAAUCCAUGGGGUGUUAUCACUGUUAUUGGUUUGGGUCCGAGAGGUAAUAAAGUGGAGGCCCCGGUGUCUGACCUGGUGAUGGGUCGUACUGUCACUGGAGGCCUAUUCGGUAAUUAUAAGCCCAGAAAAGCUAAUCAAGAAUUGGUUGAGAAGUACUUAAACGGUUCGCUACCUAUCGAUGGCUUAAUCACACAUCGGAUCCGUUUGGAUGAUAUCAAUGAGGGCUUUGAUAAUCUAAAAGCUGGUAAAACUGUGCGAACGGUUAUUGAGUUUUAA